UAAGGAGCGCCGGGCGGGAGGACCGGCGGCGGCGGCGGGCGGAUGGAGGCGGCGGAGCUGAACCGGAGGGUGACGGCGCUGCAGGCCUGCGUGCGCGGCCGCCUGGUGCGGCGCCGGUUGCGGAGCGUCCGGGACGAUUACGAGGCGGCGGUGCGGGACAUCGAGGGACACGUGGGUCUCCUGCAGUGGCGGGGCCGCUGGAUCCCCCGGCCCCUCUUCCUCCGAGAGAAGACCAAAGCCAAGCCGGUCCGUGCCCCAGAGGUGGUGCCCCAGAGUGGAGUGGAGAGCUGCCCGGGAGGAGGGCAGGACCAGCCACGUGCCCCCCUCGAUGAAGAGCCAGAGAGAGACUGUGCUGACCGGAGCCAUGGGGAGACGCCGGCCCAGUUGCCCGGAGAGAAACGUUCCCCAAACAGAGGUGGAGUGAGGGGGCCGGAGCCGGGAGACCCAUCCCGUUGGGAACGCAGCUGGUCCGGAGUCCCAGAGGAGCCCGGGAGUGAGACUAACCGGAGCGACGCCUCUUCCAUGUGGAGCAGUGGGAUCUGGGAGACAGAGGCCGCAGACCCCCGGGCAGGGGGAGACCGAGGCAGCCAUCCAGGCUCCCAGCUGCCCUCGGGCCUGCCCCAGCUUCAGCGGCACCGCAGCCACCUGGCCAUGGAGUUGCUCUGGCUGCAGCAGGCGAUCGCCAGCCGUAAGGAGUAUCUGCUCUUGAAACAGAAGCUGGGCCCUCCGGAGGGCUAGGCCCGAGCCCCCCAACGCCUCUCCGCAGUAACCCGAGUGCAGCCCGGAGCGCGGUUGGCAGGAAGAGCGUCAGCCCGAGUGGAGAGGCCCUCUGCCCUUGUCAGUGAGCGCCCGCUCUCUCGGGCAAUGCUGAGGAGGCCACUGACCCCCGGGAGCACCAGGGGGUUGGGGGCGGCUGAGGGGCUUGAGCGCGGCUGGGGGGCUUGAGCCUCAUCCUCCCUUGGCUCCGGAACCCUGGCCGCCUCUGGGGCGGGGCGCAGGAGACCCCGGUCUUGUCCCGGGCAGCCGCUGGCCCCACGUUCCCAGAGGAUGGAGCCCCCUGGGCCUUUGGCUUCCUGCGGGCACAGCUGGGAGGGGGUCUCCACGUGUGGGCUGGGGUCCUACUCCUCAGCUGGGGGAUGGGGAACGGAUACCAGGCUGGAUGGGGCAGGCGGGUAAAGGCAGGUUCUGGGGAAAUAAAACUUUCUCACCCACUUUGGGACCUGCUGGA